GGAAGAAGAGUGUUGGUGGGUGCUGAUACCCGGCUGUAACAACACAGUAUCAGCCAUAUACACGAAGAGAUGGCCACAGCAGCUGGGGCCCGAAAAUCACGGGCUUGUAUCUUGUAGAUGAUUGGGAAUAUUACAUCGAUGUGGCAAUGGCUGUAUGAAGAGGACCAAUUUCGCUUAAGGCGGUGUCGGAAUCGUUAGUUAUUAACUGGAGGGGCCAGCAUCUCAAGAACAGACUGUCCCGUGAACUGUUAUUUUUGAUGCUUCGUUAGCAUAACCAUUAGCUAGCUAGCUUUGCACAGUGUUAGCAAGCUUGGAGCUUAGUGGAAUCGCAGCUUGUGUAGGCGUCUCAAACAAAACAGUAAAGGGACAGCGCAGUCAUGCGUGCUUAGCUUUUAGAUUUUAGACAGUGAAGGGCUAUUAUAGAACAAUAUAUCUGUGCGGUGACGUGUUGGUCCCUCGUUUAAGCGCAUGCUCUCUUUUUAGCUUACCGUUAACGGGUUGGAAGCGUAAUGUCUUCGUAGCCAUGUAUGAACGUAGCUAGCUACCAGUAAUAGUGAUUACAAAGGAGCAGCUAGAAAGACCGCUGACUGAGAAUUCAGUGUCUUUGUCUCUGCCUUCACUUUUACGAGAAUGAGUGAUGGAAUGUACCUCUCGUUGUACGGAAAUGAAAGUUUAGAAAGAUAGCACAGCUGCUAACUAUUACCAAUACUCAUCUCAAAUGUGUUGACAAACGUAGCUUAGUGUUCAAUCAUUUAGGCUAGGUAGCUAGUAGUAGACAGCCAGCGAGUUUCUCUUUGUUGUGUACUCAGCACUCUUGCGUGCUGGAGCUUGUCUCUAGUCUACAGGCUAGCAUACCGUUGAUUUUUUUCCUGGUCCUUAAAUGUUGUGCAGCUUUUCACCAUUUAACGCUAUUUGUUUGCCAACCAAACUGAUUGUAAAUGUGAUAGCCAGAAUUACAUGGUGAAGAUAUCAGCUACAAAGUAGCUACAAACACAUUUCAGUUCACAUAUGUUAGCUAUUAUGGCCAACACUUUGGGCUCAAAUAAGAUCUGGACAUGGAUAUUACUACACCCUCUCGUCUUCAUCAUUUUUGUCGGAAGUGCAGUUUGCUCCCAGCACAAUGAAAACGUCUACGUAUCAGGGAUUUCAAAUGCUUGUGGCGAUGUGGCCGAGUUGAUCCGAGCGUCCAGCGGGGUCAUCACUAGUCCCGGCUGGCCGUUUGAGUACCCGUCCCGUGUCAACUGCAGCUGGAACAUCAGGGCCAACCCCGGAGAGAUCAUCACCAUCAGCUUUCAGGACUUUGAGAUCCAGAGUUCCCACCGCUGCGGGAUGGACUGGAUCUCCAUCGGCGCCUACAAGAACCUGGACGGCUUCCGGGCCUGCGGCUCGUCCAUCCCGGCGCCGUACAUCUCCUCUCAGGACCACGUGUGGAUCAAGUUCCACGCGGACGACAGUCUGACCGGCAAGGGCUUCAGGCUAUCUUACAUAACAGGGAAGUCUGAGGAGCUGGUGUGCGAGCCCGACCAGUUCCACUGCGCCAACGGCAAGUGCCUUCCCGAGGCGUGGAAGUGCAACGGCAUGGACGAGUGCGGCGACAACUCGGACGAGGAGCUGUGCGCGGUGCCCAACGACCCGUCGGCGCUCUUCUCCUUCCAGCCGUGCGCCUACAACCAGUUCCCGUGCCUGUCGCGCUACACCCGCAUCUACACCUGCCUGCCCGAGUCGCUCAAGUGCGACGGCAGCAUCGACUGCCAGGACCUGGGCGACGAGAUCGACUGCGACGUGCCGGCGUGCGGCGAGCGCCUUCGCACCUUCUACGGCGCGUUCAGCUCGCCCAACUACCCGGACUUCUACCCGCCGGGCAGCAACUGCACGUGGCUCAUCGACACGGGCGACCGGCGGAAAGUGGUGCUGCGCUUCGUGGACUUCAAGCUGGACGGCACGGGCUACGGCGACUACGUCAAGGUGUACGACGGCCUGGAGGAGAACCCGCGGCGGCUGCUCCGCGUGCUGACGGCGUUCGACGCCCGGGCCCCGCUGUCCGUGGUGUCGUCGUCGGGCCAGCUGCGCAUACACUUCUACGCCGACAAAGUCAACGCGGCGCGCGGCUUCAACGUCACUUACCAGGUGGACGGCUUCUGCCUGCCGUGGGAGAUCCCGUGCGGUGGCAACUGGGGCUGCUACACGGAGGCGCAGCGCUGCGACGGCUACUGGCACUGCCCCAACGGGCGCGACGAGCUCAACUGCAGCACGUGCCAGGAGGACGAGUUCCCGUGCUCGCGCAACGGCGCCUGCUACCCGCGCUCGGACCGCUGCAACUACCAGAACCGCUGCCCCAACGGCUCGGACGAGAAGAACUGCUUCUUCUGCCAGCCGGGCAACUUCCACUGCAAGAACAACCGCUGCGUGUUCGAGAGCUGGGUGUGCGACGCGCAGGACGACUGCGGCGACGGCAGCGACGAGGAGAGCUGCCCGGUGGUGGUGCCCACGCGCGUCAUCACCGCCGCCGUCAUCGGCAGCCUCAUCUGCGGCCUGCUGCUGGUCAUCGCGCUCGGCUGCACCUGCAAGCUCUACUCGCUGCGCAUGUUUGAGCGCAGGUCUUUUGAGACCCAGCUGUCCAGAGUGGAGGCGGAGCUUCUGAGGAGAGAGGCGCCCCCGUCCUACGGUCAGCUCAUCGCCCAGGGGCUCAUCCCACCUGUGGAGGACUUCCCUGUCUGCUCUGGCAACCAGGCCUCUGUCCUGGAGAACCUGCGUCUGGCCGUGCGCUCGCAGCUCGGCUUCACCUCCAUCCGGCUGCCCACCUCCGGCCGCCACCGCAACAUCUGGCGCCGCCUCUUCAACUUCACGCGCUCGCGGCGCUCCGGCUCCCUGGCGCUGGUCUCCGCCGAGACGGACGACGGCUCCGGAACCGGGACGGGCGGCGGCAGUGGCGGAGGGAACGCCGGAGGAGGCUCGACCCGGGACCCCGAGCGCCUGCUGGGCUCUCACCGCGGCCUGCUGCCCCUCGACUCGGACGACACCGACACGGAGAGCGAGCACCCGCCUCAGCGCCGCGACACCGUCGGAGCCGUGGGAGGAGGAGGAGGAGGAGGAGGAGGGGUUACCGGCCCCGCCGCUCCCCUGCCUCAGAAAACCCCGCCGGUCACCGCCGUGGAGGCCAUCGUGUCCGUGACCACCAGCCUGCCCCAGCUGUCCGGCCGGGAGAGCAGCCUGGUGGAGAGCCUGUCGGAGAGCUCCGGGACCAUCACCACGUCGGCGCUGCCCCAGCGCUCCAUCUCGACCUCGUCGAUGAGCAGCAGCAGCAGCAGCAGCGGCAACAGCAGCACCAGCGGCGGCGGCGGCGGGAGUCCAGGGGGCCGGAGCCAGCUCAGCAGCGCCCUCAGCAGGAUGACCCGGGGCCUGCGCUGGGUGCGCUUCUCCCUGACGCGCUCCUCGAGCAGCGGCGGCGGCGGCGGAGGCGGAGGCCGGAGCGGGUCGGGCGGCGCCGGGCCCAACCACAGCCCCCUGAGGCAGCUGGAGCACGGCAGCAGCGGCUGCGGCGUCGGCUCGCUGGGCGUCGGUGGUGGCGGCGGCGGCAGCGCGCGGGAGGACGAGGACGAUGUGGAGCUGCUCAUCCCCGUCGCCGACGUGCCCUCGGUGGCGCUCUCGGACGGCGGCGUCCUCGCCGACUGCUCCAGGCCCCUGCUGGAGGGCUUGUCCAGCCCCGGCGAGCUGGUCAGCGUGGGCCCGCUGCUGGCCUCGUCCCCGGUCCUGGCCUCGGCCGCGCUCCGAGGGCGGCCGCUGGCGGGCCGGGACGGGCCGUGCGAACACUGCGGCAUGGUGCACACCGCCCGCAUCCCCGACGCCUGCCUGGAAGCCACCGCCAAGACGGAGACCAGUGACGACGAGGCCCUGCUGCUGUGCUGAAACGCCCCCCCCCGCCCCUCCCCCUAAACUCAGCUUAGCUGGCUGACUGACUGUCCCACACAGUUGUACCCCGACCUCGACCCCGACCCCAGCCCCAAUCCUCUGCUUCGCUCUUUCUCUCUUUCUCCAAGUUGUCCCCAUCCCGAUGCCUGGAUGGGCAUUGUCAGUGGGCUGUACUGGUCAAAAGAAGCUCAGAGCGCCCAGUGAUUUGUGACAAAGCUAUAGGAAAGUUAAGAAGAAAUGUACGGAUAUUAAGGAUAUUAAAUGUCUUUUCGGAACUUUGGUACGAUACAGAUGGUACAUUACCCAUAUUCAGUGGCCGUCUUAUUCCCAGAUUCUUUCUGCUAGCCCUGAACACUACAAGCCACUGUGCAAUUUUUGAGUGUUUUUGAGUAUUCUCUCUAGAGUGGAGAAUGACAGCUUAUGUAUGGAAAAGUUUGAAGCUUAGGUCAAGGUGGGUUCGAAACUCCUUAAGUGGACCGGUACGUAUGGUGAGGGGUAAGGCUGUGUUGCUCUUUCAAUUUUGUCCUUAACACUGUUUAGAGAGAUUUCAGCCAAAAAUGACUCAAGUUGGUACUAUUAGGACAGUUGAACAUGGGAGAAAUUUCUAUUUUUUUUCCUUUUAUUUUUUUCCCCCUCGUUUUAAAUUAUUAUUUAACAUUUCAUUAUAACUGUAAAGGUAAGGGUUUGUAUUUCAAGGUACGAGAUGACAGCUGUGUGGGGGGAAAACUGCACCGUGUGAUCAUGACCUCCCUGUGCUACCAAGCCGUGUUACAUUUCGGUGUUGUGGAGGUUGUCUCGCAAUCCUGUAAGGUAACAACAGCCCUGCCUGACGCGGUGUCACACGGUCAGGCGCCAUUUCUGUUUCUACAAGGGAAAAAAGUGAAUUUGAGAAAUUACAGUUUCUAAGGACUUUACAUGGUUUCCAAAAUGGCCACCGAUGUCCGUUGUAUUUAUUGUUUUUUGUUUGUUUGUUUGUUUGUUUGUUUGUUUGUUUUUUGUUACUGUUUGGUAACCUCAAUGUUUUGGUACUGAGAACAAUUGUGUGAGUGUGUGUAUAUUUAUUAUUCUUAUUAAUUUUAAUUUCAGUAGCGGUUACUUGAGAAGCAUGUUUUAACUGUCUUGUGCUUUUUUGUUAAGUGAUAUGGUGUUGAUAAAAUAUGAAUAAAUAUAAAUAAAUAAAUAUAUAUAUGUAAUUGUUUACUGCACUAAGGAAAUAAAAACAGCAUUCAUAAAUCA